CCACCACGGUGCCAGAAAUGUUGCUCAUGCUCUGGGUCAAGGCUGGGGAAAUUGCUGCCUGUCUCACCCAGAUGUUCUUUGUCCAUGCGGUUUUUGCUCUGGAGUCAGCCAUCCUGCUGGCCAUGGCAUUUGAUCGGUGAAGCUGGUCCCUGGAAGUAACGAUUACCAGCCCGGCAUAUUAUUUGUAUCAUGGUGGCUCCUGAGACAACUGAGAACAGGGGUUCAGAGCUGACCGGGACAGCGACUGCUCAUCAUGACGGAUUUCAAUAGCACCAACUUCCAGCCUGCAACGUUCCAACUGUCCUGGUUCCCGGGCCUGGGAGCUGCUAAUCACUGGAUCUCGAUCCCUUUCUGUGUGUUCUACGUCACCGCCAUGGUAGGGAAUUGCACUGUUCUCUGCAUUAUCUGGAAAGACCGGCGUCUCCAUCAGCCCAUGUAUUUGUUCCUUUGCAUGUUGUCGAUCAACGACCUUGGUGUCUCGCUGUCGACCCUGCCCACGGUGCUCAGCACCUUCUGCUUCGAUGUCACAGAUGUCGCAUUCGACGCCUGCCUAGCUCAGAUGUUUUUCAUUCACUCCUUUUCCAACAUGGGCUCAGGGAUUUUACUGGCCAUGUCGUUCGAUCGCUUUGUCGCCAUCUGUGACCCGCUGCGCUAUGCGGCCAUCUUGACCAACCCCAGGAUCGUGAGAAUCGGGCUGGCCAUUGUGAUCAGAAGCUUUGGUGUGGUUUUACCAUUACCCAUUCUUAUUAAACGCUUACCUUUCUGCCACGCCAAAGCCCUCUCCCACGCCUACUGUCUGCAUUCAGAUGUGAUGAGGCUGGCAUGUGCGGAUAUCACCGUCAAUAACAUCUAUGGCUUAUGUGCUGUUCUCAUUGUCUUCGGAAUAGAUUUGUUGCUUAUUGUCAUCUCCUACAUUCUGAUUAUGAUGACCAUCUUCAGUCUCGCCUCUGGGGGGCGGCGUCUCAAGGCCCUGAACACCUGCGUCUCCCACGUCUGUGCUGUCUUAAUAUUCUACAUUCCGAUGAUCACAGUCUCUAUCAUACACAGGUAUGGCGAGAACUCCCCGCCGCUGGUCCACGUUCUGCUGUCCAGUGUUUACCUCUUUGUGCCCCCUGUGAUAAACCCCAUCGUUUACAGUAUAAAAACCAAGGAGAUUCGAAAGAGCAUCCUCAAAAUGUUCUCUAGGGGAUUGGAGCUGACUGGCACAGUGACUGCUCAUCAUGAUGGAUUUCAAUAGCACCAGCUUCCAUCCUGCCACAUUCCAACUGACCGGGUUCCCAGGCCAGGAAG